AUGCGCCGCACCCUCGCCGCGCUGACGGCGACGCCGGAGCGCUUCACUGUUUUAGGCACGACACAUCAGAAGCCGAAGCGUAACGGCUACGGGCGCAACAACAAGAUGCGCAGCAAGCCGAGUGACAACGUGGCGUGGUACGACAAGGGGCCGGUGGAGUGGCUGCCGCGUCCAGUGCGGCUCACGUACGACCACCUCGACCAGCUGCGCCACUGGAUGAUGCGGGAGACGCUCGACGGCAAGACGGAGGAGUUCAACCGCAUCCGUGACCUCCACCGCGAGUGGUCGCAGCACCCGCUUAUGCCGGUGCUCGGCGACGUGGAGCCAAAGUUCCCGCUGAACCUCUUCAAGCAGAACCACAGGGCGAAGCGGCGCUUUCUCGUGCGCUGGCACAAGGCAAAUACACCAGCGAACUGGCUGUGGAUGCCGCGCGGCCCCACCGUCGUUACACCGCUGCAUCAUACGAACCCCACGCAGUACCCGGAGAGCUGGAGGCAGAUGGUGCGCAGGAAGGCCGUCGUGGACCGCUAG